AUAAAUCAGCUCAAGCGGCGCACAGCCCCCAUACCCAGUCCACACCUCGCGGUGUCCCUGUACCUCCGGCGACUCAGAUUCGGACUCUGCGGCGCGAACCACCCAGUUCCCCCAUGGCGUCGUACCGGCAUGCUGCCGCAGCGGCAUCCGCGGCGAGCGAGGGCGGGGCGGCGCUGACGAGCCACCAGCACGGCAAGUCGCGCGUGCGGCUGGGGCGCGUGUGGCGGCGAGGCGGCGUCCACGCGAUGGUGGAGUGGAGCGUCGACAUCGCGCUCACUUCCAAGGCCGACGCGUCGUUCCUCAGCGCGGACUGCUCGACUGUCGUCGCGACGGACACGAUGAAGAACACUGUGUACGUGUUGGCGAAGCAGUGCUCCAGCGAGUUACCACCAGAGCUGUUCGCCAUCAAGCUGGGGCGGCACUUCGUGUCCUUCUACGACGUGGUGACGGCAGCAUCCAUCCGCAUUGUGGAGCAGCCAUGGCAGCGAGUGGCGGUGGCGGGACGGCCGCAUGACCAUGGGUUCUCCCUGGGCAGGGAGAGGCGCGGUGGCGGACGUGCGGGUGGAUGCCGCGGGCAGCACACUGUGCGGGCGGGCGUUGAGGACUACUCCGUGCUCAAGACCACGCAGUCUGGCUUUGAGGGCUUCAUCCGCGAUGAGAACACACUGCUGCCCGACACCAGAGAGCGCAUCCUCGCCACCACGGUGCAGGCCACGUGGAGCUACACUCGCGACCCCCCAUGCUUCAACACUGCCUUCUCAGCGGCCAAGGCAGCCCUCUCAGACACGUUCUUCGGGCCGCCUCAAGGAGGAGUGUACAGCCCCUCAGUGCAGCGCACCUCUUCCUCAUGGCCAACCAGGUGCUCGCCAGAGUGCCCGAGGCGGACGACGUGCAUCUGAAGCUGCCCAAUCUGCACUUCAUCCCGGUCAACCUGCCAGGCAUUGUCAAGUGUGAGGACGACGUCUAUCUGCCAACCAGCGAGCCCCAUGGCAGCAUCGAGGCAUGUGUCUCCCGCAGCAUAUCAUCGCCUGCAGCAAGGCUCUGAGUCAGCAGCGCUUGCUGCCAGGCUGUGAGGCUAAGCUGAGCCGAGCCGCAGUAGAGGCCACAGCUCGUUUCUCCUUGCGCACCGGUUCCUAAUCUGGCUUUUCCGCAACACUGACUCACCUGUGUGUCGCCAUUGGCCACAGCCCGUGGACUCCACCCUGUGCACGAUGUGGGUGUAGGUUGCACGUGCUGCUGGGGACUGGCAUCUGCUGUUGUGCAGUAGCCUUGUACAGUUCUUGGUUGCCGUAUUUGACAGUAAAAAGUGCAGAAUGGGCUACAUAGAUCAGGACCUUUUGCAGUUUAUCAAUAUAGCGAUGAUCGAUCUGUACAAAGAUCCAACCAGCAGCACUCCCUGCCUGUACGCCUGGGACUCCAGAGAUAUUGAUG